CCCCAACCCACGCUGACGCGGCGCCAUCGUCCAUCCAUGGCCGCCGCCGCGUCCUACUUCUCCGGCACGGCGCUGAUGCCGUCGCAGCGCGCGGGGGCGCCCGACUACUCCGCCGCCGGUGCGGCCACCCCUUCCCCCUCCAAGGCGCGCAACCCCCGCUACUCCGGCUGCGUCCCCGCCACCGUCCUCCACAUCUCCCGCUCCCUCGCCGCCGCCGCGGCGAACCACGGCGGUGGCGGUGGCGACCCCGUCUUCUCCAUCGACGGCGUCGAAACCAGCAACGUUAGGGUUUUGGGGAGGGUUGUGAGCAUGUCGAGCAGGGAGACCGACGUGUCGUUCACGCUCGACGACGGCACCGGGAAGAUCGAUCUCGUGCGGUGGAUCAAUGACGAGACAGAUGCUCGAGAAGCGGCUUUCAUCCAGCAUGGAGUGUACGUCAGGGUUCAUGUGAACAUCAUGGGGUUUCAAGCUCAGAAGCAUGGAUUUGCUCGAUCUAUCCGCCCAGUUACCAAUUUCAAUGAAGUGGUGCUGCAUUUCAUCGAAUGCAUGCACGUGCACAUGGAAAAUACUCAGACGAAGAUGCAAGGGCAACUCCCUCCAGCAGUUCAAACAAACGCUUAUACUCAUGUGCCUUAUUCUGGUGGAAUGAGAGAACAGCAAGUCCAUUUUACUCCUCAAGUAAACCAACGGCAACUCCCACCUGCAGUUCGAACAAAUGCGUCUACUUAUGGGCCUUUUACUGGUGGUGCGAGAGAACAUCAAGUUCAUUUUACUCCUCAAGUAAAUCAUGGACAAUUUCCUCCUCCCAGAGUUCAAACUAAUACAUCUACUCAUGGUCCUUUCUCCGGCGGAGUGAGAGACCAUCAAGUUCAGCUUGCUCCUCGACCUCAAAUAAACCAAUUUGCAGCUUACUCAGGCACUGGUGGACAACAGUAUGAUCUGCAAAGAAUGGUUUUGGAAGUUCUGCAAGCACCUGAUAUCCUACCCCUUGAAAAUGGCGUACAUGUUGAUGAAGUGGCUAGAAGAACUGGAGCGCCAAAAACAAACAUCAUGGAGGUUAUCAACUUACUUGCUGAUACAGGGUUCGUCUGUUGGACCAUUGAUGACUAUCAUGUCAAGUCUGUGUGUAAUGGUUGACCAACACAGUAAUCUUCAGAACUAAUCUAGUGAAUGUGAGAUCAGUUUGGCUAUAGUUACUACUAAUGAUCUACGUGGAACACGAUGUAAGUGCACUGUUGCAAACGUUCAGUGGUUUGACUCAGUCUUCCAUUUGACAGUCGAGUAGGUGAUACCAGUACCACCCCUUAUAUUGCUAAAUACUCACGUUAGUACGUUGCUGUUUUACUGGGAUAUACUAUGCAGUAUGUUCAUGCUUG